UAACAGCUCCGUGACUUCAAUUCAGAUUUCACUCCUCCAUGUUUCCAUUUUGAUUGCGAUGAUUGACGGGAAAUAACAAAAUAAGACCUCGAUCACCGUCGAAGAGCGACGACCCCCUCCCCGCCGCCCGUAAUAAACAAGCAGCUCCGGACCUGCUGGGGAAAACUACUUUAACCAUCAUGCAUCUCUAGAAACGCAACGUCUUGCCUGUUUGCGUCACAAAGUGGCACAAAAAGGUGCCUGUUGGCGGUAACAGUCGUCGGCAGUACUUAUGUUUUGCCUCGUGUUUACGGUCACUUAACCGAUAAACUUAUAGUUCACCGGUUCUGACUUUCACAUACAAGUCUGUCAUUAUAUUUUAACGGUUACACUCAAAGACCGCUCAACUACGUCGGCCAAAUUAGCUACGGAUUAGUGAUGGCUCUUGUGGCACGGCUCUCAAAGAAGAGCUGGCUCUUUUGGCUCCCAAUGGCUCUUAAUAUAUUACCAUCUGUAGCCUCAUAUUUUAUCUUUAUUUGGCAAAUAUGAUGGGAGUUGGCUCUUCCGAUUAGAGCCGACGCUUUUGCGCAUGACACGUCACUACCACCGAUGCUGUUUCCAUGGUGAUGAAACUGCACGCUCUAGCAACUUGUUAGCAGUUGUCAUUUGCAGGUUCUUGUAAAUGUCUUAAUCAAUGACUUGACAUAAAAAUGAGAUGUCUUCCACGGGGUCCCAGCCCUCUGAGCCCCAGAGCUAUAGGCUUUCCAUCAAUAGUGGCACUGACGUUUUACGAUACCAUUCCGCAGCGAAAGAUAGAACAGCAACAGCGGCAGGAACUGGAACCGCUGAUCCCCAUGAUGGCCCUCUUCGGUUGAGAUUCAACAGUGUGACACUGGAGGAGCUGAGUGAUGAGCUUGAUCGCCGCACCAAAGAAACCCAAAGACUACAAGAAGAGGUGGAAAAUGCAACUAAGGUGGUUCUGGAGAGAUUUGGCGGCAGCUGUAGGUCACCUGGACAAAGCUGCCAUGAUAUUAAACCUCAUACCUAUGACUCUCCUGGAGAUUCCUCCCUUCUUCCAACCCACCAGCAGGCAGUGACUCAGCCUUUGGUCUUUGGUCUGGAUAUUUUAAACCAGGAAGUAGCCCAAAGGGACAUCAGCUCUCCUGGAAAGCAGACAGUUAAUCAAGCUGAACAAGAAACAUGCUGUCCUCAGAAAGCCAUCACAAACCUGAAAACUGAGCUGCAUAAAGUCCAGAUGGAGAAUGAUGCCCUGUCUGACCUGAGAUUAAAGGAUUCGAGGAAACACGUUGAUCAGAUGGAAAAGAUGCUGUGCUUGUUGGAAGAGCUUCAGAAACUCAAAAGGUCGAGGGACAAGAAGCUGCAGGAGAUGGAGAAUGAGGCAGUCGCGCUUAAUAGGAAAGUUGAAACAUUGGAGGAGACCAUAAAGGAGGUGUAUCAUACAUUGGAUGGGAAACAAUCUGAGCACUCAGUCACCGGCACUAAACACGAGAAUCGCAAAACGCAGCAAUUUAUUCCUAAUAAGGCAAAUGUGGAUCUCAAUGACAAGCUACAGGGGAGGCCUUUUUUGUCAGAAGAACAGAUGGGGAACAAGGAAUACAGUGGAGCAAUUGAACAAGAAAGACUGGAACACCUCAUUUCAACUCUUGGCCAGGAGAUGGCGAUGUUGACUGACAUACUGAGCUCAUCAAAAGACAACAGCUUCAACUUGUGUGCCAAAGUGGAAUUGCUCAAAAAACUCACCGUGAGACCGCCCUCACUGCACGAGUAUCAGGCCAGAGAAUUGGAGUCAACCUUUUCCAGCCUUAAAGAUAAGGUUUGUGGUCUGGAGCAGCAGCUAAGUGAGGCUCAGACGCAGCUCUUGAGUGCUCAGCAAGAAAAAGACAAAUCAUUGCAACAGGCAAUGGAACUUCAUUCUCAGCUUAAACAACAUAAGAGGUGCUGUGACCAGCAGCAGUGUGAGCUCCAGGAGGGAUUAAAGGUCCUUCGAGGGCAGCUGAAGGUGACUAAGGAGCAGCUUCACCAAGCUGGGGAGGAGAAAACCCGCCUAGAGGCCCUGCUGGAGCAGAGGGACCACGAGGGAAGGAAAUCCCAGGAACUCCUGUGGGAGAAAGACAAAGAAUUCCACUUAAAGCAACAAGAAACUCAUCAACAUCUUAACAGGUUAAAAGAGGCUCAGAGUCAGUGCCAGACCCUGCAGAUAGAACAAGAGACAUUGAAGCUGAAGCUGAGUGAUAGAGAGAAGACGAUAGAUCUUCUAAAGUUCCAGAUCGAGAGCAGCAUCCAGAUGACAGUCCAACAAAGCUGCACCAUCGACGAUCUUCAACAGGAGAACAGCCUCCUCAGCAACCAGCUCAACCAGCACAAGCUGGAGAUGCAGCAGCUAAGGGCUGAGGUAGAUCGCCAUAAGUCACACCUGGCUGCUGUAGAGCAUGAGAGACGACAGCUCGAGGCCUCUGUGGCUGAGCAGAGCCAGCGCAUCCGGGAGGAGACUCUGGAGAAACAGCAGCUUACCACCCAGCUGGAACUGCGACGUGUGCAGUUAGUCAGCCUUACUAAGGAGCACAAGGAGCUGCAACGGCUGCACAGCUGUAAGAACGAGGAGCAUGAGGGUGUGGUGCUGAAUCUUCAGAGUCAGAUAAGGAACGCCCACGAUGAGCUAGAUCAGAUCCAGAGCACCUUGGGGACCCUCAAAGGGGCUGACAGACAUGGCCUCCAGGUAGCCUUGGACAUGCAGAAGGAGAUCACUGCCAGGAGAGAGCAGGUGGACUCGAUGCAGAGCAAAAUUCAACAUCUGGAGGAGAAAGUGGAGAAGCUGCAUCACGAGAAAGAUUACCAGAACUUGGAGACCGAGCGUCAGCUCCAGGAACUAACCUUUGUCAGGGAGGAGAAGAGACAACUUGCUAACGAGCUGGAGGUGCUUCGCUCCAAAGAUCAGCAGUUAACAGAUAGGAUCAGUGAGCUGGAGGCAAUCCUUCACAAGAUGUCGGAGAGCUUUGCAAACUGUCAGGAUUUUAUCCAGCUGCGGGAGCAGGAAUAUUUCCGCUUAAAACUCCAGCAUGCCCUCCACUUGAAGGAGCUCCAAGGUCAAAAUCUGCACACAGCUCUGAAAGUGUGUCCACCUGAUCUGGACUCCCUGAUCCCAUCUGCACACACUGCUCCACCUUCCUCCCAGCAUGCCUUCAACGCCCAGAUCAAGUCAAGGAGGCAGCUGGAGAGCCCCACUUGUGAGCUCAGAUCUCUUGACAAAAUCCUGCGGGGAGGGAUUUUGGAGAACCCUGGACCACACACUGAUAACAGCACCACUGGCAGCAGCUUCCACAGGAGGAGGUCUGCACCAGAGAGAGUACACAGAACCGCAUUAACUGAUGAUUGUAAUACUGGCUACAAACUGAGGAGAAAUACCUUCAGCAGGGAGCUAUGUUUCCUGAAGACAGCUGAACCAGAUGAGAAAAUAAUCAAGUCCUUCAGUCAGAGCAAUUUUAUAUUGAUACCAGAGACUGCAGUGAGGGAUACUUCCUCACCACCGCUACUCUCACUGGGUCGCAGGUCACCAGUCCACUCUCUCCUGACCUCUGACCCAAACAACUAACAGAGACACGCCAAAAUGCUUCUGAACCUCUCUUCUUUUAUCAAUGCCUCAUUUUUCAAAGGUCACAAGAAUGAACUCCGACAGCAGAAGGUUUUGAAAAAACAAGAAUUUCACUCACAUGUACUGUACCAGUGUACCUCCACAUGUGAUGUGACAAUAAAAGUGAUGUGAUUUGAUUGAUUUGAAAAAACAAUCAGCUGUAUUAUCAUGUUUAAAUAAAGUGCUUGAAAAAUGUAAA